AUGUCAGAAGUUACGCUCCGCGAUGCUCGUGCUCAUACUCAUACCUUUUUGAGUCCCAGUCCAAAUACAUCCCAGCAUAUUUCCCGCGACUUGCAUGAGCGUGAGGACAUCAAUAAUUAUUCUUCUACUACUUCUCCAGAGUCAACAGCAAUAGCAACACUACAUGAUCCCAGCGACCAACGCAAGCCUCGUCAGGCACGCAAACCUUCGCCUGGAUUGGCAGCUCGUCUGAAGGCUCUGGGCUUUGGCAACAAUUCCAGCAAAUCGAAAAGCAUCUCGCCAUCUGCAGAACGCAUUGGCCGCAUUCCCGAAGACCAGAUUCGACAGCUCGACCACAUUCACCGCGCGAAUUCAACCACAAAUUCUUCCAUAGUCGAGCGACGCGGGAGGGCGUGGAGUGGUGCAGGUCGUCUUACACCGCAAACCACGGGGGGGAGCUUCAACGAUUUCACAGCUGGCGACGCGCGCGUUUUUGAAGGAGGAACUCGCCGAACACCUUCAGUUGCUAGCUCAGGCGACAGGACCAUGACUACAUUUGUUGAGCAGGAUAUGGACUCGCAGAAGUACCGACUGCCAGAUCAUACAAAUGGGAAUGGCACCAAGGCAAUGUACGAUACAAAACAGGCGCAUAUCGAUAGAUGCAUUCCUCCGGACGAAGAAUCUCCACCCCCGCCUAUCGCAAAAGACACUCCUCCUUGGGGGACGACACCUGGCGAAUUUACCGAAGAUGCUUCCUCUUACUUCAAUCCCUUUGGUCUGCAGCGUGCAGGAUCUAUCUACACCCUUUCACGCGUCUCAUUCGCAAACCAACUUGCGCAAUUAACAUCCUUGCAGUUGCCAGAUGCCGAAUCGCUCUCGACAAAAGUGUCAGCUAUACCAACAUCGAAAGCCGCCUCAAGCGCGUUGAUGGGUGCCGCGGAACAGAUCCGAAGUUGGAUAGCAAAAGCUUCCGAGGUUAUCGCUGGACUUGAUGGUGAAGAUGAUGUAGAAUGGGCUGCCGCAGGUGGGAGAGAGGGGCUGGAGGAAGUGGACAAUGCUAUAACCCGAUUCGAAGAACUCAUAAAUGUCUACGUCUCAGCAAUCGAAUCAUUACAGAACCGUGCCGACAUAUCAACGGUUCCAGCUGAAGAACUCAAGCGGGUUGUGCUCCAGGUUGAGACCAUUGUCAAUGAAUGGGAGAAUAUAAAGAGGACCCUGAGGGGUGUCAAGAAUUCUGUUGAAAUUGCAAUGGAAUGGGAGGAACUGUGGAACAUUGUGUUAGGAGAUAUUGGCAACGAAAUGGACAUCCUGGCUCGAUUGGUGUUUGAGAUGGAGGAGAAGCGACAUAAAUCUUUACUGGCAGAAACUGGUGGGGAUGGGCUCGAUAUUAAUGAGCUUGAAACCAUUGUCGAGGAAACCCCUCCAUCGAAAACAAAGCUUUAUGCCAACCAUCGGCUCAGUGUAGCGGUGGCGUUCCCCUCGAGCCCCAGUUCACCGAAUACCGCGACUAUGUCAAACGAUGACUCGAGCCUCUUGGCUUUGUUUGCGAGAAUGCAGCCUUUAAGAGCUUCUUUGGAUUUUCUUCCCAUGAGAUUAUCUUCUUUCCAUUAUAGGGCCGAAAAUAUCUUUCCUACGGCAUGUGAAGAGCUCGAAUCAAGACGCGCUGGACUGGAAGACAAUUGGAAGAACCUCGAGAAGGAUGCCGAGUCUCUACGGAGAGAACUUGGUGAGGACCGAUGGGUUUUGGUUUUUAGAGGUGCAGGCCGGCAAGCCCAGAAGAUGUAUGUUUCUGUGCAACGGAGUCUCGAGAAGCUUAAGGAGGCUGUUGAUGACGGUGCUCACUUAAACAACCCAGCUACUAUGGGCAAGAAGAUCGACAAGUAUGAGGAGAAGAAGUUGUAUUACGGCCCAGCCGUGGAAAAGAUAUUGUCAAUUAUUGGGAAGGGAGUGAAGGAUAGAUUGACCGUGAACGGUGAGAUCUUGCGAUUACAAUCUGAAAUGCAACGCAAGUGGGAUACACUUAAGGAACAGAUGAGUGAGCUAGAUCUGGUUUUGGGGGAGCUUCAGGCCGACAAGCGAAACCAGCAGCUCAGAGACUCAAUCUCGAGUAUGGUAUCGAACGACCGUUCUACUGUUGGGAGUAUGAAUGAUACCCCCGGCAGCUCUCCUGCAUCAUCAGUUGUCAUGACAGGGCUUAACGGGGAACUCGAUCCGAUUACACCUGCAAAGAAUGGCAAGCUCCGCUCUGCUGGAAAUAGGAGUAGCUUACCACAGCCUGGCGGAAGAAGAACCUCCAGUAUGCCCUCGGGCUUAAAUCAACUUCCAUGGAAGGGUCCAACAGCUCGUCUGUCAACUUCUGUAUCGUCAACUGGGCGAGGAUCCCCAUCUCCAGCAUCAAGACAGGGCUCGGCGACUCCCACUAGCAACCGUCUUCCUCGACCCACUCAAAACGCCCCGUCAGAUGGACGUCCCCGGUGGAAUGCGAGUGUCAACACCAAAGAUACAAUCAUCGGUCAUAAUUUCAAGCCGCUCAGUCUGACUACACCUAGUCCUCACGCCCGUACUACGCCCACUCUUCAUUCCGGUCGUUCCACUAUGUCCCAAGACUCCAAGAUACCCCUCCGCUCUCCUCUAGGUCAGGACGUCACCUCUUCACCAGUCCCAGAAAUUACACCUUCACGCACUUCUGCCUCUCGUCUCGCAAUCCGAGACCGUCUCUCUAGCCCGGGGCCUUAUGCCCAACAAACUCUUGCCCACUCUUCGCCUGCAGCACGACCGCGGCAUCUAACCACCCAAUCAUCAAUGUCUUCACUUACAAGUUCUGCAAAUCGACGAGCCUCUAUGCAGAACUUGCAACCGCACGCCAGCGAUCCUACUACCCUAGGCAGCAGUCCGCUGUCAAGAAGACCUGCAAGCUCACUUGCAGCAGAUAGGCGUACGAGUCUGCUUCCGCAGCCACGGGGUCGAACGGAUUCGAGCGUGACUGGUAGAGAGUCCCCCCAUGCUAUCGCUGGGGCUGCCAGCGCAAUGCGGAGAGGUAGCAGCCAGACGAGUACAGAUUCUAAGGGGAGCCAGAAGAAGCCUCGCCUCGAGACCGAAAUGACCAGGGCCUACCAUGCUACCAUGCAGAAAUGA